AGGCAUAACCUCUUCUAUAUAUAUAUACGUAUAGUUUCCUACUCUUCUUUCCAAGGUUGUUUAUGUCUUGCUAUCUAGCUCUUUAUUCAUCAAUUUGGUUUGCUCUUGAUCAUCAAUCAAUCAUCACUCACUACAUCAAACUAACAACAUAGAGCUUGGAGGAGGACAUACACACAAGAUUAUUAUUGUUGAACAAGAUCAAUCAAUUUCAUUUUUUGAAGAAUAUAUAAUUGGGAAUGGAUCAAAUGGAAUCAUGUGUUCCACCGGGAUUUAGAUUUCAUCCCACAGAAGAAGAAUUAGUGGGGUUUUACUUGAAGAGAAAGGUCAACUCACUCAAAUUUGAUCUUGAUGUCAUCAUUGACAUUGAUCUUUACAGGAUGGAACCAUGGGACAUCCAAGAUAAAUGCAAGUUGGGAUAUAAUGAACAAAGUGAAUGGUACUUCUUCAGCCACAAAGACCGGAAAUACCCUACCGGAACUCGUACGAACCGGGCUACGUCUGCCGGAUUUUGGAAAGCCACCGGCCGAGAUAAGGCGGUGUUUUCGAAAGAUAAAAUCAUCGGGAUGAGAAAGACACUAGUGUUUUAUAGAGGUCGUGCUCCUAAUGGUCGUAAAACUGAUUGGAUCAUGCAUGAAUAUCGUCUCCAAACAACUGAACAUGCUCCUCCUCAGGAAGAAGGAUGGGUGGUAUGUAGAGCAUUCAAGAAACCAAGUCCAAAUCACAAGCAAGGUUAUGAAGCAUGGAAUCACCAAAACAAUUACUAUUACAUUAGAAAUAAUACUAUUUCUUCUCCAUCUUCUGAUCAUAAUCAUCAUCUCACUGAUUCAUUAAAUCAACGGCUCACAAACUUCCAACACCCUCAACAAUCCAUGCACCACCCCACAUACAAUAAUAACUUUGAUCAUCAAGAAUUCAUCUCUAGCUCAUCCAACACCGUUGAUCUUCUUGAAAAUCACCUGAUUACUGAUCUUCCAAGAUUAGAUAGUCCAUCACUUUCUACAAGCUUUGCAGCAAAAGAUCAUACUCUAUAUGAUCAUCAUCAUCAGAUUCAUUAUCAAAAUCAUGAUCAUCAUCAUGAUCAUCAUGAGAUAAUAAGCAGCAACAAAUGGGAAAUUUUGGAUAGUUUUUUGGGUGAUUCUUCAUCACAAAUUAUGUCUGAAAAUACAGCAAAUUCUCAUGAUUAUGAGAUUGAAGUUCAGAAUCAACUUGGAGGCUUCCUGGAAGAAUGUUUUCCAAAUUUAUAGUAAAAAUAUUAAAAUAUAAAUAUUAAAAAAAAUUAAUACAUAUAUUAAUUAAUGAUCAUAAUAUUUUUAAAGCUAGCACAGAAACUGUGGUGGCAUGAAUUAUGUUUAGCUGAGUUUAAACAUGCUAAACAUAAUUUAUUAGGAAUUUAAUUACUUUGAAUAUUAUUGUGUGUUUUUAACAAAAUGAAAUUAAUUAAGCUUCUGUUAAUUAAUAUGGAAGUUAAUUCCUUUAAAUAUUUUAUGGGUAAUUUGGUGCAAUUAAUUUCACCAAGCCCUUUAUUUUUCAUAAUGCUUUAUCUCAU